AUGGACCAAGUGGAGAACCUGUGUUCGGUCUUCUACCCAAGCAAGUGCUGUCACGACAUUCUCAUUGACCAUGUAAUCGAGAAUGAGUGCUUCAAGACCAUCUUCGCAAAGACGCUAGGUUAUGGCAUCAUCUUCGGCUCGACGCUGGUCAAGCUGCCGCAAAUUCUCAUUCUCCUCUCGGCUCGAAGCGGCGCGGGCGUCAGUCUCUUCAGUGUCCUUCUCGAGCUAAUUGCCCUCACCUUUACCUCGUCCUACUCGCUGGCGAAUAACUUUCCAAUCAGUGCCUGGGGAGAGGCGCUCUUUCUCAUGCUCAUGACCACGCUGGUCGCCUUUCUCAUCAUCUUCUACGACGUGUCAGGCCAACGAGCGGGCCUCUUCUUGCUCACCUACACCAGCUUCGCCUAUGUGCUUAUGAGCGGUCUGGUACCGAUGAACAUUCUCUGGGGCUUGCAAGUGCUCAAUGUGCCUUUGGUGAUCUCCAGCAAGUUGGUGCAGGCGUGGGUCAACUACAAGAACGGCCAUACGGGCAACCUUUCCGGUAUCACGGUCACGCUGGUCUUCCUCGGCUGCGUGGCCCGAAUCUUCACGUCUAUUCGCGAGACCGGCGACAAUAUCAUCAUUCUCAGCUACAUACUGGCUACCAUAGCUAACUUCCUCCUAGUAUCGCAAAUUGUUGUUUACCGCAAGAAGACUGAACAGUUCAAGAAGAAGGAGCUGGCCAAGAAGACCAAGUAG